AUGAAUGCUAUCAAUCAUUCAAAUCAAGAGAUGAAGAAAGAGUUUGAGGUACGAGAUAAAUCCCAUAAGGCGUUGGAGAAGCAAGUAGGGCAACUUGCUCAAGAGAUGGCUCAAAUGCGCGGAAAUGCUAUCAAACAAAUUCCUUCAUAUGCUAAAUAUUUGAAAGAUUUAUGUACCCAAAAGAGAACUCACAAAUUUCCUAAAAAACUUGAUUUAACCGAUAAUGUGAAUGGAAUGAACCCUUCUCGCGACACACAAAGAAGACUAAAUCCGAAUAUGCGAGAAGUAGUGAAGAAGGAAGUUUUGAAGUGGCUAGAUGCGGGUAUUGUAUACCCUAUCUCGGAUAGCCAAUGGGUGAGCCCGACACAAACAGUUCCAAAAAAGGCGGGUAUUCAAGUCCUCACAAACAACGCAGGUGAAGAGGUCGCCACUCGGCCGGUAACCGGGUGGCGUAUUUGUAUUGACUAUAGGAAGUUGAAUGCCGCAACUUCCAAAGACCAUUUCCCUUUGCCGUUUAUUGACCAAAUAGUUGAGAAAUUGGCCGGACAAAAAUUUUAUUGUUUUCUGGAUGGUUAUUCCGGAUACAAUCAAAUUGCUAUACAUCCGGAAGACCAAGCAAAGACUACCUUUACUUGUCCAUAUGGUACUUUCGCAUUUAGGCGGAUGCCAUUUGGACUUUGUAAUGCCCCCGCCACCUUUCAAAGGUGUAUGAUGAGUAUCUUUUCAGAUAUGGUGGGGGAGUCUUUGGAAAUCUUCAUGGAUGAUUUCUCAAUAUUUGGGUCAUCAUUUGAUACAUGCCUUGACCAACUCGAAAAAGUUUUGAAAAGAUGUGUUGAGAAAAAUCUUGUUUUGAGUUGGGAAAAGAGCCAUUUCAUGGUUCAAGAAGGGAUUGUGUUGGGGCAUGUAGUGUCGAGUCGUGGGAUAGAGGUUGAUCGUGCAAAAGUGCAAGUUAUUUCUACUUUACCUUAUCCCACGAAUGUUAAGGGUAUUAGAUCAUUUUUGGGGCACGCGGGGUUUUAUAGGAGAUUUAUAAAAGGAUUUAGUGAUAUAACCAAACCUCUUUGUAAAUUAUUGCUAAAGGAUCACCCGUUUGAAUUUAACCAAGAAUGUCAAAAUGCCUUUAAUGUAUUGAAACAAAAGUUGGUUGAGGCCCCAAUCUUGCAAUCACCGAAUUGGUCGUUACCAUUCGAAAUUAUGUGUGAUGCAAGUGAUUAUGCGGUGGGGGCCGUGUUGGGUCAAAGGGUAGACAAGAAACCGGUUGCUAUUUACUACGCAAGUAAGACUCUCUCGGAUGCACAAUUGAAUUACACAACUACCGAGAAAGAGCUGCUUGCGGUGGUAUAUGCGUUGGAUAAGUUUCGUUCUUAUAUAUGGGGUACUAAGGUCAUUGUUUAUUCUGACCAUUCUGCAGUUAGGUAUCUCAUGGACAAGAAGGAUGCGAAGCCGAGGCUAAUCCGAUGGGUUCUCUUGCUACAAGAGUUUGACCUAGAGAUUCGAGAUAAGAAAGGGAGUGAGAAUGUGGUCGCGGACCAUUUGUCGCGGUUAAGUGUAGAGGAUUCUUCCCGUGAAGAAAUUAAUGAGACGUUCCCAGAUGAGCAAAUUUUAAAAGUUGGAAUAUUACCAUGGUAUGCUAAUAUUGUCAAUUAUUUGGUUACAGGUGACUUGCCGGCUCAUUGGGAUAGAAGGAAGAGGUUGCACUUCCUGUCUCAAAUCAAGUAUUACACGUUGGAAGAACCGGACUUAUUCAAGAUUUGUCCGGAUCAAGUCGUUCGAAGAUGCAUACCCGACGAGGAAACAAGCGGUCAAGUUGAGGUUUCCAAUAAGCAAAUAAAAGAAAUUUUGCAAAAGACCGUUCGACCCGACCGAAAGGAUUGGUCAACGAAGUUGAAUGAUGCUUUAUGGGCUUAUAGAACGGCUCAUAAAACACCUAUUGGAACCACUCCUUAUCGCUUAGUUUAUGGGCGAAAUUGUCACUUGCCAGUUGAGCUUGUGCAUCGUGCUUGGUGGGCUAUAAAAGAGGUUAACAUGAAAUAUGACGAUGCAGGAAAGGAGCGAAAGUUAAAGCUUUGCGAGUUGGAGGAGCUUAGGGAAGAAGCGUACGAGUGUGCCUCAAAGUACAAGGAUGACAUGAAAAGGGCACAUGACGUGAAGUUGAAGCCAAAGGAGUUUGAAGUGGGGCAAAAGGUUUGGCUCUACAAUUCGAGGCUUAAAUACUUCCCGGGAAAGCUCAAGAGCAAGUGGAUGGGCCCGUAUGUGAUUACACGGGUCGGGAAACUCGGAGAUGUCACAAUCAAGGACCCAAAGGACGGGUCGAAGCAAACGGUUAACGGUCAUCGCCUUAAACCAUUCCUUGAUGGUAACGAAGAGAAAAAGGAUGCAAAUGUGGAGUUGUUAGGGCACUCCAAUCGGGUCAUGAAGAUACAAGGAAGCAAGAGACAAAAGACUACGGGUCAAGCUUUAUCAUCCGGGAUUGGGUCUUCUUCGGGUUUAAUACCGAAGAAGUGGGAGCAACCGAGCACUGUUGCAGAAAAUGAUGCAAGAUUAUACCGACAAGAUUGGGAAUGGGCAAAGUUCAGGGAUAGUCAAAAUGCCAGAAUUUGGGAUGACGAGAAGAACAAACAGUUGUCGAGCUACCAAGAUAGAAAGUUGGAAGCUAAGUUGUGGAAAUGGAAGAUGACAAAUGGGGUGAACACGUCGGUUCCAACAAGAGUGAUAUGUGAACGGACCGUGAAUGUAGAAGAAUUCCGGAAAAUCGGGAUUGUACAAAUGUUUGAGAGGUUGGGAUGGGAGAGCGUUUUGGAUUGGUGCAAAGACAAUACUCACCGGAUUUACUUGUCGGAAGUAUCCUAUGAUUACCCAUCCAUUGAGAAUUUUUUGGAUAAUCAUUUGAACAUCAACGAUACGGAGCAAUUGAUAGAUGUUAUUUUGCCAACCCACCCAGGGGGUGACAUGAAACGGAAGCAUAUGUCGCUCGAGGGAAAGAUUCUUCAAGGGAUCUCGGUUGAGAACAUUUUAGCAAGAUUUGGUGAUCGUGGGGGUGUGAGAGUAAGUGAUUGCAGGGUGGUGCAUGCCUUAUUGUAUGGGACCCCGACACUGUCGUGGAGGCACAUAGUCAUGAUGAACACAUGGGCUACCAGGGAGUCGUCUCAGAGGCGGUUUAUUCCGUAUGCACCCCUCAUUAGUGCCAUGCUUGUGCAGCAGAAUUGCUUACCCACGGAAGCACUAUGGGUCUCUAAGCCAGUGGAGGAAUUUACUUGGGGUUACAUGAAGAAAAAUUGGAGGAUAGAGGUCAAGUUUUCGGGAAAUAGGUAUGUGGUGACCGAUGAUUUGGGAAACAAGUUUGAGGUUCGUACUUCUGGGGCACCACCCGUGCAGGAAGAAGAUGUGGAGAUGGAGGAAGAAGAGGAGCAGGAAGCUGAACCUUCCGGGGCACAAGGACCGAGGCAACGAUACAUGCGGCCACACAGAGAGAUUAACGCAGAAGUGGCAGGUUUUGUGACUCGGAGACGUGUGCCCUCUUACAAAAAUUUUGAUAGGGGGCAACAGGAGAUAUAUGAUAAUGUCUCCGCGUGUAUAGGAGAAGGUCGGGAAUACAAUCAAAGGAGAGAAGCUUGGCAAGGGUCUUAUGGAGCUUCAAUGCAAGAAUACUGGGACGCUCAAGGAGCCCAACGUGAAAGAAUGAAUAAGUUCAUGGAAGAGCAAGAACUGUUCCAAGCCAUGCAAAGAUCACACAUGGAACAGUGGAGCAAAGAUAAAGAAUGCUAUGUUGAUCCUCAAGGAAAUCCAACGGUUGAUUCGAAGACAGUUGACCUUGAUGCAUUAGUUGCGGCUAUACCUACUGUGAGUGUUUGGUGCAAAGGCCUUAGGGAGAUUCCAAGGUACAAAGAGCAGGUUGAAGAAGGUAUUCGGAAGGUAAUAUUUGCUAGUCUGGAGAAGAAAAAGAAGAAGACAGUUGAAGAAAUUGUGACUGAGAGUGAGAAGAUGGUGAAUGAAGUGAAGAAGGUUGAAGAGAAAGCCGAGGAACUUGUUGAAGAGAAAACACAAGUGGCUGAGGAAGAUCAGAUUCAGAAAGCAGAAGAAACCACAAUGCCAGUCACUGAGCUGAACAACAAUGCAAGAAUUGCAUGGAAACGUGCAGUUCUUGUAUUGAGAAAGAUGAAAAACUCAACAACAGAGACAUUGAAUUCAGUGCUCAAGAAUACUGAAGAUUGUGAGAUUGGAGGUUGGAGCAGCCUAGCACAACAAGAGGAGGAGGCUGCUGCUGGACCCUGGUUUGGUUGA